CCGGCCCAAAUCUUGGACGGGUUUGCGUGGCCGCGGACGCGAAAGGCUGGUCGCUCGCGUCCUCCCCUUGUCCGCCCUGGCCCGCCUGUCUGCCACCCAAAACACAAGGCCGUCGCACACAUCUCCCCACCGCUCCGCCGCCACCCACGGACCGGCGAUUUGGGAGCGCGUCGACGCCGGCCAUCGUCGUCGAGACGCCGGCAAGCGGGGCGGAAGCAUAGGUCGAGGUCCCGCGCUGCUAUCGCCGACUCGUAGCAGAGUCGGAGGAGGCCGCCGCCGGCGUUGUUGUCCUCUCACCGUCGCGACACCUCCCGCCGUUCGCAGCUGCGCCGUUUCCGCCGGAGGUGAGCUCUCCUGCACCGUGUUUCCAGACCGCAAGUCGGCUGAGACGGCCAUGGCUGCAGGUCCCUAGAGAAGCAUUUGGAUCGCCUCCGCCUGCGAGGUGUUCGUUCAAAUGCUCGAACUAAAAUGUGUCCUUUUCAGAUCAUGGUGGACAGCGACGACGAAUACUACUUCAAGAACUUCAUCGACACGUCGUCGGAAGAGGAGUCCGACGACGAUUUUUUCACGGAUGCUGCGCUGCUCAUCCACGAGCACACUGUCUCGCAAAUCCCCGUGUUCCGGGGGUCCUUGCCGGGGCGCGCGGCCGCCUUGGACCGCAAAAGAGAACGCGGCCACGACCAGCUCUACAACGACUACUUCCAACCCACUCCAUUGUUCGUGCCGCACUUGUUUCGCCGUCGUUUUCGGAUGACCAGGCCGCUGUUCCGCCGGAUAAUGGAUGGCGUCAAGAUCUACGACGACUACUUCUGUGCGAAAGUGGAUGCAAUUGGCAAGGUAGGCCUCUCUUCGUACCAGAAAUGCACGGCAGCGAUUAGGAUGCUCGCAUAUGGCGUUGCCGGUGAUUUCGUAGAUGAGUACACGCGCAUGAGUGAGUCAACCGGCUUGGAAUCGAUGUACAGGUUCUGCAGAGCUGUGAUCGGUUCGUUCGGAGAACAGUACCUCCGUCAACCUAAUGCAGAGGACACAGCUCGUCUGUUGUCGAUCAACGCUUCCAGGGGUUUUCCUGGGAUGCUUGGCAGCAUAGACUGCAUGCACUGGGAGUGGAAGAACUGCCCCUUUGGUUGGCAGGGGGCAUACAGCGGCCAUUCUGAGGGGUGCACAGUCAUUCUUGAAGCUGUUGCUUCCCAUGACACAUGGAUUUGGCACUCAUUCUUCGGAAUGGCUGGCUCGCACAACGACAUCAAUGUGCUGCAGCGCUCUCCGGUGUUUGAUAGGCUAGCGUACGGUCAGUCCCCUGAUGUGGAUUUUGAGAUCAAUGGCCACCACUACACCAAGGGGUACUACCUUGCUGAUGGUAUCUAUCCACCUUGGGCUACACUCGUGAAGACAAUCCGAAACCCCAACUCAGAGCAGGAGGCAAGGUUUGCCAAAGAGCAGGAGGCAGCCCGGAAAGAUGUCGAGCGGGCGUUUGGCAUCCUCCAAGCUCGUUGGGCUAUCGUCAGACACCCUGCCAGAGCCUGGGAUGUGCAAACUCUGUGGGAGGUGAUGACCGCUUGUGUAAUCAUGCAUAACAUGAUUGUUGAGGUAGAGCGGGAUGAUUCACUCUUUGAUAAUGACUGGGAAGGCCAAGGAGAGUUGGUUACUCCUCAACGUGCUCCGGCAUCAUUCCAGGACAUUCUUCAUGCGCACCAUGAAAUUCGAGAUCUAGCUGUGCACAACCAGCUUCAGGCUGAUUUGGUCGAGCACAUGUGGCAGCAUGUAGGCAACAAUGCUGCAAACAACAAUGAUUAAGCCUAGAGCAUUUUGUAUCGUUUUUUCAUUUUAUUUGAAUAAUACUUUAUCCUUGAUUACAUGGACUAUGUAAUGUGUAAUACAUUUUGAGCAUUUGAACUACUUUAUAUAUUUUUUCU